AUUGCCAUAUUUGUUUACUACUUUCAAUUAUAUAUUUAUGUCAAAAUGUUUGAGGGCUUUGAGUGAAUUUAUCAAAGUUUGUUGUGGGGAAUUUAGUGAUAACAGCUGUGCUCUAUAUUUAAAACUUUAUCUAUAACUUAUUAGCGGUCAGAAACUAAUGUGUUGAAUGUUAUUAUUGAAUUCGGCAAAGGACAAUCUUCCAAAGUUGAUGUCAUCCUCUGGAAAUAGAGAUUUCAUAGUCUGAACAUUAAAUCUAUAUUUCCAGUUAAAAGUGUGUUAAUGUUAUAGUGCGAUCAUGCCCAAAUAAAGCCGUAAUUUAGUGAGUCUCUAAGUUGUCGCGACAAUGGUGUUUGAAAAUGUGAUUUCGCAAAUACUCAAUAAGGCGUUGGGGGAAUUUGUGGAAAAUUUGGAUGGAAAUCAACUGAAUAUUGGAAUAUGGGGAGGAGAUGUGAACCUAAAGGAUUUGGUAUUGAAAUCAUCCGCUUUGGAAUCGCUGGAUUUGCCUAUUCAAACUGUUUAUGGGAAAAUAGGCAACCUCGUAUUGAAAGUGCCAUGGACCUCAAUUUAUACCAAACCGACCAUUAUAAUGAUAGAGGAUGUCUAUCUAUUGGCCGAGCCCAACCAGCAAGUAGCUUACGAUCCUAAUAAAGAAGAUAAAAGGCUGAUAGAAGCUCGCAGGAAGGAGAUUGAAAAAAUCGAAAAUGCUAAAAAGGCCCAGAAGGAAAAAGGUCAAGCUCCUGAGGACCCUACUUUGGUGCAAAAAGUUAUUCAGCAAGUUAUUAAAAAUGCCCAAGUUUACAUUAAAAAUAUCCACAUAAGAUAUGAAGACAGAGUUACGAAUCCCAGUCAACCAUUCGCUAUCGGAAUAACACUUGCGGAAUUGGUUGUAGAAAGUACAGAUUCCAACUGGAAAAAAGCGAUUGUAGAAGAAGUCGCAAAAAUUUACAAGGUGGUCCAACUGGAAGGCUUGGCCGUCUAUUGGAACUGCGGCACCAAAACAUACACUAACAUGAAUUCAACAGAACUGAUAUCUCACAUGAAGAAAGAAAUUGCAUCAAAAGAUCAUAAGCCCACUGGCUAUAGUUAUAUUUUGGGGCCAAUCACUGCCGGAGCUCGAUUAAGAAUGAACCAAAAGCCAAUGUCUGAUCCGAAACCAUACAGUAUUCCCGUGUACCAUCUGAAUUUGGAUAUGCACAAACUGUUUAUCGGAAUCAGUAAAACUCAGUACCGGGAUAUUAUUGCGCUUGCAGAUUCAAUGGAUCGAAUGGCAAAAGGAGUACCAUUCAGAAAAUACAGACCCAAUGUUACUUCUUACAAAGGACAUUAUAAGAAAUGGUGGCACUUUGCGUACAAGAGCGUCUUGGAGGGCGAAGUUAAACGAAGAAGGAACAAUUGGGAUUGGCGUCAUAUGCUAGCGCAUAGAAACAUGGGAAGAGAAUACACCGACUUGUUCAGAAAGGGUAUUAAAAAUUCGUGUACAAAUCCUGAAAAAGUCCGAUUGGAUGAAUGUGAAAAGAAACUAGAUUUAACCAGUAUUGUGAUUAUCCGGCAAAAAAUCGAACUGGAAACUGAAAAAUUACAAGAACUGCAAAAAACUGACAGUAAAGGCUGGCUUUCUGGCUGGUGGGGCGGCUCAAAGAGCUCCAAGUCUAGUUUGACUGAUAUGGAGAAGUCCACGAAUUUGCUAAAGCAAUUUGAAAAGGAAAUGACACCGGAGGAGAAAGCAAGACUAUACAAGGCGAUUGAUUACCAAGAAAAUGCCCCUACAACGGUGUUCCCGGAAGAAUUUGUCGAUAAGUCGUUGAGCUUCCUUUUAAGAUCGCUAGAAGUUGAACUACGUGAUGAUGAAAAUGCUGUAAAAUCCGUCGUUUUUACUACCUUAAAAAAUGUGAAAGUCAAGCUUGAAACUCGAGUGGCCGCAUCUGCAAUUAAAGCACACGUUGCCAUAGACCAUCUAAAAACCGAUGGUUUGAAGCAGGAUGAUUUUAUGCCAGUUCUAGUUGCUCCCCAAGAACGGGAAGUGAAAGGAAUCAAAAGUCUUCUGGAUGUGUCUUUUGAAACGAAUCCUUUGGAUAAAAGUUGCGACCAAAGAAUUCAUGUGGUGGCCAAACCUCUUAGAAUCAUCUACGAUGCAAGCACUAUCAACAAGGUGGUGGAUAUAUUCAAAAUACCUCCCGAUUCUUCCCUCGAUCAAAUCCAAGCAGCUGCUUCAUCAAAGCUUAGCAAUGUGAAGGAAAUGACAUCGACUGGUCUACAAUAUGCAAUCGAGCAACACACUCGCUUAGAUAUAGAUAUUGUUCUAUAUGCCCCGCACAUUAUAAUACCCUAUGGGGGAAAAUACGAGGAAUUAAGAAAUGUGUUGGUCAUCGAUCUUGGUCAGAUUAAACUAUAUUCAUCUGGUCAGCGAUCAUCUGUAAUGGAGGUCAGGCGCUUGUAUAGUGAGGGCUUAGCCCAGGAGAAGAUUUUUGAAAAAAUGAAGCUCUACAGCUACGAUAAAUUCAAAUUGGAACUGGCAGAUAUGCAAGUUCUCAUCGCCCAGGGCGAGGAAAAUUGGAAAACAUACCUAGAACAUUCUGCCAGUACUGAAAUGCAUCUUCUCAGACCAUUCAGCUUGAACGUCGAAUACUCCAAGUGCCUGAUCACAGAUGAUCCAAGAUUUCCACUACAGAAAGUCAAAUGUGAACUUCCUUCCAUUGAUGUAUCAAUAUCAGAUGCCAGGUUGAUGUUGCUGGUUGCUCUACUCACAAGUAUUCCAUUCCCUGAAUCAGAAGAGCCGCCAGUAGAACCAUUAAAGAAAAAUAAGCUAAAUGGCUCCACAACCAGCCUGCUUAAAUGGCAAGACAAACUUCCAGCAGUUUCAAAGCAAGGGGACAAAGAACCAACUGAAUACACUCAAAUUCAACUUAUGGAAGUUUCAAUCCAACUUUCUGAGGUUUCAGUCAUUCUUAACCAGCAGGAAACUUUAACAGCGGCAGUUCGAGAGCUGGCAACCUUUAAAGUCACUUCCCUAGAAGUGGAACUGGUUCAGAGAACCUUCGAUAUGAACGUUGGUUUGUUGUUAGGCAGCGUUCAUUUAACGCAAAAUAGAAAUGAUAAAAUCAUCGAUAUCAUCAGCACACCGACCCAGGCUGGAAAUGACGAGUGCUUGUUUAAAGUUACUUUCAUUCAGGUGGAUCCAAAAUCGCCAGAUUUUCACACCACUUACAGCUCCUGUGAAGCAAGUCUUGGUGUCGACUUUAGCAUCCUCAGCAUUAUACUGCAUCAGGAAGGGUUGUUGUCUUUAAUAGAAUUUGCGCAAUCUGUUAUGGAUACUUUGAACGAGAUCACUGCAGACAAAUACAAGUUGAAAAUGCAGGAAUCUGCUGAAAAAGUGGCGAGGCGCCUGUCUUCUAUAUCCGAAAUAAGCGAUUCAGUGAAGGUAACAAAGAAAGUCCAACUGAAGAAGAAGCAGCAGAUCAAAGUGGAAAGUAUAAAGUUUAAAUUAACUGCCCAGAUCAAAGAAGUCAUGGUGAAAGUUGCAACGGAUGCACUGGAUGUAACAUCAUUUGGUAUCAGGGGAAUGAACGCAGAUAUUUCGGUAAAAACCACUUAUACGCAAGUGGUCACCAAACUUCAUGAGUUGGUUAUUUUGGAUCUCAACCCUGCAACGAAACACAAUUUAAUUCUUUCAACUGAAGAUGAUAAUGCGUUAGUAGCUCGAAUAGUUCUCAACAAUUUGGAAGGCGAAUCACAGGAAGCCGACAUUGAUAUAGACGUAAAAAUGGGUGGAACCAAGAUAGUUUUCGUAAAUUGGUUCGUUACUAACUUGCUGAACUUCUUGAAUCAGUUCCAAGCUGCACAGCAAGCAAUCAUGGACGCCUCAGAGGCGGCAGCUCAGCGAGCUAAAGAAAAUGCCAAAGAAAUGUAUCAAAAAGCCACCAAGAUCGCUUUGAAUAUCAAAAUGAGGGCACCUAAAAUUUUUGUGCCCGUAAGCAGCCAGAGUAUGGACGCUCUAUUGCUAGAUCUUGGAGUUAUUUCCAUUAGCAAUCGAUUCCUGAUGUUGGAUGCGAAAAAUGAAGAUGGUUUUUCUGCUGUGGUAGAUGACAUGAAAGUGGUUCUGACCGAUCUGAAGCAAUCGAAAGUGGUGGUUGAUGCGCGAGAAGGAAUUAUUGAAGAAUGGAACAUGCUGAAACCAAUCAACUUUGAGAUUCGAAUUAAGCGCAAUCUGUCAGCCAGUUGGUACAAAGCCAUUCCAGACUUAGAUAUAAGCGGCAAAAUUAAACUGAUCGAUUUGCACAUUUCACAAGCAGAUUAUUGCAUGAUCAUGUCCGUGUUGAGUGGAAAUUUGCAAGAAGGAAAACCUGAUCCCGUAACCGUUGUUGAAGAAACAGAGCCAGUGACUUCUCGCAUAUCUGUAGUUUCCGGCGCGAUGCUAGACUCGGGAGUUAAAACUUCAAAGGCCGAUUUGCUGAUAGAAAAGAAGGAGCAAGUAACAAUUUUCCUAAAGUUUGCCUUCACUAUGGAAGAACUAAUUCUGAACAUGUAUAGUGGAGGCUUUAAGACGAAUGUUAAAUCCACACCAACGAUGAAGGCUGAUAAUCAUUUAGCUCGAUUCUCAUUGGAAGGCCUCGCGGUUAAGGGGCGCAUUUUAUCCGAUCAGUCCAUAGUAGCUUCGGUUUUACUGGUCAAUUGUCUGUUGGAUGAUAUGAGGAAAGGAAGGGAAGGCAAACUGAAUAGGCUGAUUGAGAGAUCGCUUAGUGAAGAUUCACUAUCAGUGGCGUCUUCGGAUUCCGGCAUUCCCCCUCGAAGCAUGAUUGAUGUUACCUAUCAGCAAACUGGAAACGAUAUGUUUGCUGAUAUUCGAAUUUUCAGUUUCACCCUGAUUUUAUCAGUAGAAUAUCUGAUGAAAAUUGCCGAAUUUUUCUCCAAUCCUGCCGAUCAGCAAACUUCCGUCGCCCCAGUUGGACACAAAAGCGUAAAAAAUACCAACAACGCAGUCACUCCAAAACCGAGCCGUACCAGCCGCAGCUCACAAUCCGUAGAAGCAACAAAUCCCUCCAGCCAAAUAACACUUAACUUAAAGGUUGAGCAACCCGAUAUCAUCCUGGUAGAGCACAUGGAUAAUAUCGAUUCAAAGGCGAUGAUUCUUAACAGCGAGAUUGUGGUAAAGUUGCGAAUGAGUGGGGAACAUCAAGUCAUUAAUGGGGUAAUUAAGGAUUUGCAAUUGUAUACUUGCAACUAUAAUCCGGCCAAAAGAGCCGAGACGAAAGGAAACGUUUUACAUCCCGUAACGAUAAGUUUGGCAGGCAGCACGCCCGUAGGCAAAGGAUUACAUUUGGAGCUGCUGGUCGAGGAGGUGCUUUUAAGAGUCUCCCCUGCAACCAUUGAGCUGCUAAACAGCGUUUUGGUAACAAUGUCCAAGAGUCCAACUUCGGAUGAAGCUGAGGAGGAAGAGCAGUUUAAUUUCGCCUCACUGUGGGAGCAGAAAAGCUUCCGAGAAAGCGAUUUCUGGUUUUUAAAAGGCGACGAUGCAUUAGAGGCUACAGAAGAUUCAAUAGUAGGACAACCAGUGCCAAAGACCAUUCUUCAGGAACUUUGCAUCAUUUCCAUGCCGUCCAUUGUCAUCACUCUGGAGGCCGGUGUGGCCAACAAAACGUUACCAUUCUUGCUCUUCGAAACUUCGUUGAAAGGUUGCGCGAAAAAUUGGGCUUCUCAGUUGGGUGUUGAGGCUACAGUCACAGUCCUAAUGGGUUACUACAACAGCAGACUCGCAUUGUGGGAGCCGUUAAUCGAACCGGUGGAAAGAAAACAGGGCGAGUAUUUGGCAUUCGAACCAUGGGAUUUGAAAUUGGAACUUUCAAUGAAUGAGCCGGAUGAUCCGCUGAAUUUCAGCAGCCCACUUUCUGAAGCAGGAGAGGUGGAAGUAGCAAAAACCCAGUCGCCGGUGAUGAGUAUCGAUGUAACUUCAGAAAAAUCUCUAGAGCUGACAAUGACAAAAACUUGCCUGGAAGUACUGACGAAUUUAGGAAAAGCAUUUGCGUCUGCAAUGAAGCCUGAAAAAGUUGUUUCAAGCACCAUUUUAUCGCCUUACAAAGUGUUGAAUGAGAUUGGCGAAGACAUAACGCUCCUUUUAGAAGACAGCUCCUUUAAAAUAGCUGAAGGUGGAUCGUUGGAAGAUAUUAACCGAUCUGCAGCAGUUCCUCUUGUGUUGAAAUCGACUCCACCCACUGCGAUUCAGUUAGGCAAGGAACUGAAUAGGAAUGCACAGGAAAUAAAUUAUUUCUUGCAAAUACAAGUGAACAAAACAAACUGCCAACUCAGUCUACCAGUUAUUAGGGCUGAUAAGAGGUUUUUCAUGUUAAAUUAUGUGAAGGAUAAUAACAACUGGGGGCUAAUCUCUGAUGUGAAAGUAGACGAAGGAGUCACUUUGGUCACUCUCAGGAGCAUUUUGCAGGUUUAUAAUCACUUUUCGGUCCCUGUGGAAGUAUAUUACAUGACGGUUCGAGGCAAUGAGCUCGAACUAGUCGGCUCAGUGGAACCGAAUGGAACCCUAAAUCUUCCUCUUAAAGCAGUGUAUACGCCCACAAGCGAGCUGUUUUUCGGCAUAUCGGGAUAUUCAGUUACAACCAGUCCUUAUAUUUGGAAAAAUUUGCAAACCAACAUGAACAUAGUGAAAAUUCUGCAAUGUCCAGUGGUUCAGACCUCUGUAGACUCCGAUAAAAGUCCCUUCUUGAUAAAAGCCAUUGGCGAAAUGGAACAGGUCUACUAUGAAAACACCACUCGACAUACCAUGGCCAGCACAUGUUACAACAUCCACUUGAGACCGGCUGCCAUAUUUAAGAAUUUCUUGCCCUUGACUAUUAUCGUAUGCGUGGAUGAGUUAGCAGAGGAGAUCGAGGUCAAGGCUGGGGACACUUUACAGUUACCAAAUGUCGAUCCAGGAAAAAGUGUCAUUGUAGUCAGACUGCCAGAGUAUCUCGAAAAGGAAUGGUCGUGCCGGAAGGAGACGGAAGAAUCCCCCGCCGAGUUUCAAGUUUGGACUUUCCACAGUUACGAUAGUCCCACAAAAAUGACUCUGGACUUGGGAAUGCACGCAAUUGACAAGAACGGCUCGUUUAUCUAUUCUUUGUACUGUCCAUUCUGGAUGCUGAAUAAAACAGGACUCAUGAUAGGGUACAGGAAGUCCAAGAAAACUGAGAAGAAUGAAGCGAUAGGAAGCCCCACAAAGAGCUCUGAUGAAAACCUCAACGUCCUUCACCAUCCAGCCGACUUUAAAGGCCCGAUUUUGUUCUCGUUCAAUCCACGAAACUUUUUCGGCAAGAAAAAGGCGUCAAUAAGGGUGGAAUCUGGCGAUUGGUCCGAUAAAUUUUCACUGGACGUAGCUGGAUCAUCUGGUGUUGUUCAAUGCAGAUCCAAUGAUAAAAUUUAUCAGAUCGGAGUGCAUAAUCAACUGACUUACAGCAAUCUCACCAAGCAAGUAACGUUUACUCCGUAUUAUGUGAUUAUUAAUGAAGCCCCAUUUGCGAUCGAAUGCCAAGAGAGUGAUAGACCUGCCGAUCAAUGGACGCUGAUAGAGCCGAAGUCUUGUUCAGCUUUAUGGCCUAAAAGUGAAAUGGAGGACAAGUUGCUGAAAUUGCGAAUUGUUGGUACUAGUGAAAUAAGUGCCCCUUUUCUGUACACUGAGAGCCAUACAACUUUGUUGAAGCUGAGUAAUAAGUAUGGAGGAGUGAAUGUAGACAUACAACUGAACGAAGGGGCAGUGUAUGUAAGCCUGGCACCAUACGCAGUGGGCUGCGCCCCAGCUUUAAUCAUAAAUCAUACUACGCAAGAUUUUAAUUUCUGGGAAAAACAAUCGGUGCAAAUCAGAUCUCUUAAACCCAAUGGAUAUGUCUACUACACAUGGGAAAAUCCUUCAGGACCCCGAACCCUGGUGUGGGAAAAAAGCCCCAAAGUCGAGAUAGAAAACGAUCUUCGUAAAGAUGAUUGCGGUAGUUUCCAUGUUGCACAUCAGGAGGUGUUUUGGUCUUCAUUUUUAGAUGGAAUGCAAAGGGUGAUACUGUUCACCGAGUGCAGAAACCUGGCCGAAAAUGCCACAAAUAUUUUCGAAAUUAUUCAGCAAGAAAUUACGUUAUCUUUGCACGGCUUUGGACUGUCGCUAGUCAACAAUUUAACCAGACAGGAAAUUAUGUAUAUCGGUAUAGCCAGCAGCGGUAUAAUAUGGGAAACUUGCAAGUUGGACAGGAGGCGCUUUAAACCUCUGGGCUCUAAAGAAUCAACGCACAUAGAAAACGCCUACCAACAUUACUUGCAACAAGCUAGUUCAACCGCUUCUACCAGUGGCACAAUUCUAGUCGACAAUAAAAUCGAGGUGGACUUCGAAUUACAACAAAUCUAUAAGCCAAAGAAGAGGAAAAUUAGGAGAACAUUCCAAACUGGUGUGUGGCUUAAUAUGAAAACUAGCCCCAGUCAAAUGCAACUGCAUGCGAAAAUCAAUAGAGUGCAAAUUGAUAAUCAAAUGUAUGACUGUAUAUUCCCGGUAGUUUUAGCGCCAGUGCCGCCGCCUAAAAGUGUAGCUAUCGACAGUGGUAUAAAGCCUUUUGUUGAGGUCAGUAUCGUUCAGCUGCUAAUCAAAAACAGCCAAAUCAGGCAGUUUAAAUACUUCAAAGUGCUGGUGCAAGAAUUUCACAUUAAGGUGGAUUUGGGCUUUGUGAACGCCAUUGUCGAUAUGAUGCAGCAGAGCGAGAACUCCGACGAAGAAGAUAGGCAGUUGUUCGAGAAGGACAUUAAUCUAGUCGACCAGGCACUGUAUUCCCACGCUGCUAGUCAAGCAUUGCAGGGGCAGAAAAGUUUCUACGAUUUGUUGCACUUCUCGCCAUUAAAGAUACAUGUUUCGUUCUCCUUAGCGGCAGGAACGUCGGCUGGGCAAAGUGCUUCAACGCCCAACUUCCUCAACGUACUCUUGCAAGGCGUGGGGGUAACGUUGACUGAUCUACAAGACGUUGUUUUCAAACUGUCCUUCUUCGAGCGAGACUACAUCUUCCUGAACCAAAAGCAGCUGACCAGCGAAGUGACCAGUCAUUACGUUGGCCAGUUCAUCAAACAGCUGUACGUGCUCGUACUCGGCCUGGACGUGAUUGGAAAUCCUUAUGGCUUAGUUAUUGGAAUCUCGAAGGGUGUGGAAGAUUUGUUUUACGAACCUUUCCAAGGCGCCAUCCAAGGACCCAGCGAAUUUGCGGAAGGAUUAGCUUUAGGUGUUAAAAGUCUCUUUGGUCAUACCGUUGGCGGAGUGAUGGGCGCCGCUACUCGAAUAACCGGGGCGAUGGGCAAAGGGCUUGCGGCUUUAACUUUCGACGAAGAUUUCCAGAGAAAGAGGCGCGAUCAAAUGAAUAAAAAACCAGCUACUGUGCAAGAGGGCUUUGCUAGAAGCGGAAAAGGAUUAGUUAUGGGUGUCUUUGAUGGCGUCACUGGAGUAUUCACAAAACCUGUGAGUGGAGCUAAAGAGCAGGGCGUGGAAGGCUUCUUCAAAGGACUGGGCAAAGGGGCAGUGGGGCUAGUAGCCAGACCGGCAGCUGGUUUAGUCGAUUUUGCCAGCGGCUCAUUAAAUGUGGUUAAACGAGUAACUGAAUUCGGCGAAGACACCGUACGGCUACGGCCACCCCGCUUUUUGCAAGCCGAUGGCUUAGUCCGGCCAUAUAACUCUUUGGAAGCGGAAGGACACAAGUUGCUGAUGGAGUUGAGCAAGGGGAAAUAUGCCACUACGGAUAUUUACGUGUACCACAGAGUAAUGAUUGGAAACAAAGAGAUUCUGCUGUUAACCGAUCAACGGAUAGCCUAUGUUGAGCAUAAUGAUGUUUUCGGUGGAUGGCAGAUUGAUUGGUCUUAUACUUGGCAAGACCUGAAACAUCCCGCCAAAGUGGUUCCUAAAGGCGUAGUUAUAACUACGGAUGGAAAGAAAAAAUCCAUGUUUGGAUCAAGUAGUACAGUGAAAACUAUUUUAAUAGGGGACGCAGCAGUGAAGGAGGAACUCUGCAGGAAAAUAGAGGAACUCCGGGGCGCCUAAAUGUUGCACCACAACUAAACAAACAAAUACGUCUAAAAAAAACAUAUAAAGUAUUUUGCUAACACGUUAAUAUCAGAGCUAGUUAACGAAGCUUCAUGAUACGGGUGCCUAUAAUAUAUUAUUCGAGUUAUUAGAAUGCUGAUUAAUUUUUGUUAUUGAACUCUAUAGGCUGCCAUCAAGUGUUCGAUAUCCAUAUUUUUACAUUUCUAUCUAGAUUUUAUAGCACUGUUUGCACUGUAUAAUAGUCUAUUAGCAAAUAAAAUAAUAUUGUUUUUUUGAAAUAGUUUUUACGAUUUUUAAGCUCUUUCUUCGGUGUAUCUUUAUUUGUUUUGAAUCAAGAACCUUUAUUACAUUUGCUUCUGCCACUUUUUGUGGGUUUUUGGUGAUUUUGCUUUUAAUAUAAGAAAUAGUUAUUGCAUUUAUAUUAUAUAUGCAAUACAUAUUUGCUGUACUUUUGAGUUUUUACUUUAAUAAAGGUUGAUAUUUAAAA